AUGGACUCGGACGAGUCACGAGCUGUCUUGUUUGCAGUCGAAGACGAUGAGCAAGAUCAAGACAUCAACCAGCAAUAUCACAGCCAAGGACAGCCAAGUACUAGUAGAUCCCUUGCGGUGGACACUAUCGCUGCUUCUGCUAUACGGCCAUCGACCGAUAGUGGAGAUUCUCCUAUAACGUUUGAACACGUUGGACUGCCUCAAAAUGUUGGAAUGUUGGGACGUCAGCAGCUCGAUGCUUCGCUCAAACGGAAGAAACGGCCGUCUAUUGGCUUUCUGAAUGUGCCCAGAAGUGUAGAUCAGCUCAGGGUUCGAAUGGACGAUCAACCUAGUAACGAUUGGAUGACCGAUGGAACUGGAAGACGGGUUGUUUAUCAGGACUUUACUACGAUUGAUUGGAUUUACGAUUUCGCGAAAGAACGACAACGAGUUCGGAAACUCAUGUCCUUAGAAGGCUGGAAGGGUCAAUGGACUCGUGUAUUUGAUGCUUCUCAAGCAUGGUUGUUGGUUGGGGCUGUUGGUCUACUAAUGGGCUUACUUGCUGGUAGCAUUGAUAUCGCUACAGCAUGGCUAUCAGAUACGAGAGAAGGAUUUUGCUCUGCUGGGUUUUAUCUAAACCACAAGUUUUGUUGUUGGCAUGUUGGAGAAUACAAGGAAUGUGACGAAUGGGUCACAUGGGGACAAGUGUUUGCAUGGACUGAUGUUGGUAGAUGGGGAAUGCAAUAUUUAAUGUUCACUAUAUUGGGUGGUCUAUUUGCUGGUAUCUGUGCUAUAUUGGUUAAGAAUUACGCUCCAUACGCUGCUGGAUCUGGAAUACCUGAAAUCAAGACCAUACUGGGAGGAUUCGUGAUAAGAUCGUUUCUUGGUGGAUGGACAUUACUGAUUAAAACAUUGGGACUCGUCUUAUCAGUCGGAUCAGGUCUAUCAGUUGGAAAAGAAGGUCCAUAUGUGCAUCUAGCAUGCUGUCUAGGAAAUAUCCUCCCGCGAAUAUUCGACAAGUAUGCCAACAAUGAAGCCAAAAUGCGUGAAAUAUUAUCUGCAGCUUCAUCUGCUGGCAUAUCUGUCGCUUUUGGUGCUCCUAUUGGUGGUGUAUUGUUUAGUUUGGAGGAAGUCUCUUAUUACUUUCCGUACAAGACGAUGUGGAGAAGUUUCUUUGGAGCCAUGAUUGCUGCUAUAACGCUGCAAUUGAUGAAUCCGUUUAGGACGGGCAAGAUGGUUUUGUUUCAAGUAACCUAUGAUCGUAAUUGGCAUGGGUUUGAGAUGUUUCUGUUUGUGUUUCUUGGAGUCCUGGGAGGUCUUUAUGGGGCUUACUUCAUUCGCAUGAACUUGCGAGUAGCCAUGAUUCGAAGAACAUCAUGGCUUCGACUCGUACCUGUAUCCGAAGUCGUGCUACUAGCAGUCAUCACUUCCAUAAUAUGCUUCAACACUCGUUUCUUACGAGUACCCACAGUGGACCUCCUCGCCAACCUGUUUCGAGAAUGUGAAGAAGUAGAAGGAGACUUUCACGGUCUAUGCACCAAGAGUCAAGGAGGUGUCACAGCUGGUCUUCUAAUAAUAACAGCUCUAGUCAAAGCAGCUUUAACCACCGUCACAUUUGGUGUACGCGUUCCGUCAGGAAUCUUACUACCAUCUAUGGCAGUUGGAGCAUGUGUUGGUCGAGUAGUCGGAAUGGGGGCUCAAUACAUUCAAGAAACGAAUCCAACGUGGUUUAUAUUCAGUAGUUGUCCACCUGGUGGUGCACAGUGCGUGACCCCAGGAACAUAUGCUAUGGUCGGAGCUGCUGCCUUCUUGGGUGGAGUAACGCGGAUGACUGUGUCACUAGCAGUCAUCAUGUUUGAGUUUACGGGUGCUUUGACGUAUAUAUUGCCUGUCAUGGUUACCAUCAUGGUUGCUAAAUUUGUUGGAGAUGCGUUUGGAGCUGGUGGUAUAUACGAUGCGUUGGUACGAUUGAAUUCGUAUCCGUAUUUGGAUCCGCGAGAAGAAUAUGGUGGUCGUGAUACUGCUGCCGGUAUCAUGACUAGAGUGCAGGAUUUGGAAGUUGUUACCGCAACAGAAAUCUGCAUCUUCACUCUGCUUGAAAAAUCAACAGGACAUACAAUAAACUCACUUGAUGAGUUACUCAAGACUACAGACUAUAAAGGAUUCCCUGUCGUCACUGACUUUCCUGGACUGGGUCUUGUUGGAUAUGCUGGUCGUGCGGAAAUGCGAUAUGCUAUAGAUCAAGCUAGACUCCAAUCUGAUAUUAUUGGAUCUAGUCCUUGCUACUUCAGUGAUAUGCAGCUUUCAGGGAAUGAGGCUCCUCAUGUAGACAUGCGUGUAUGGAUCGAUCAGACUCCAAUGACGGUCUCACCACGAUAUCCAAUCGAACUGGUAUUAGAAUUAUUUGCCAAACUAGGCCUUCGAUAUGUCAUUGUGGCAGUAGACAAUCGUCUGGUUGGGUUGAUUACCAAGAAAGAUCUACUACGGCAUGUUGUUACAUCCAAUCAUCCAGAAUUUGAAGCAAAUCCAAUGGAAGAUGGACCGACAACUGGUCUUAAUAGAGAGUCUGCCGACUGGACUAGAGCAGCAGGAUGA